AUGGCUCAGCUCGACACUUUGGACAUUAUUGUCCUAUCCGUCAUCCUCCUCGGGACGGCUGCUUACUUGACCAAGGGCAAGUACUGGGGCAUAACCAAAGAUCCGUACGCCGCCUCCUUUGCCAACGCAAAUGGACUCAAGGCGGGGAAGACCAGGAACAUAAUAGAGAAGAUGGACGAGAGCGGAAAGAACUGUGUCAUCUUCUACGGCUCGCAGACGGGUACUGCAGAGGAUUACGCCUCCAGGUUGGCGAAGGAGGGCAAGAGCCGAUAUGGCCUCGAGACCAUGGUGGCCGACCUGGAAGACUACGACUACGAGAACCUCGAUGUCAUUCCAGAAGACAAGGUUGUGAUGUUCGUCUUGGCCACAUACGGCGAGGGCGAGCCUACUGACAACGCCGUGGACUUUUAUGAGUUUAUCACCGGCGAAGACGUUUCCUUCUCUGAAUCAUCGGACGACACCCCUCUUGGCAACCUUAACUAUGUUGCUUUCGGCUUGGGCAACAACACCUACGAGCACUACAACUCGAUGGUCCGAAAUGUAGACAAGGCUUUGGAGAAGCUUGGCGGGCACAGGAUUGGUGCGGCUGGAGAAGGUGACGACGGUGCCGGCACUAUGGAGGAAGAUUUCCUGGCCUGGAAAGACCCCAUGUGGGCUGCUCUAGCAGAAAAGAUGGGUCUUGAAGAGCGCGAGGCUGUUUAUGAACCCAUCUUUGGCAUUGUGGAACGAGAUAACCUCACUAAAGAUUCCCACGAAGUCUACCUGGGUGAGCCCAACAAAAUGCAUCUCGAAGGAACUGCCAAAGGUCCUUUCAACGCCCACAACCCGUACAUCGCGCCCAUCACCGAGUCCAGGGAACUCUUCAGCGUCAAAGACCGCAACUGCCUUCACAUGGAAAUCGAUAUCAGUGGAUCUAACAUGACUUACCAAACCGGUGAUCAUAUCGCGAUAUGGCCGACCAACCCUGGGCAUGAAGUUGACCUGUUCCUGAACAUCCUGGGUCUAGAAAACAAGAAAGACACCGUCAUCAGCGUGAAGGCCCUCGAACCCACAGCCAAGGUCCCAUUCCCAACGCCCACCACGUUUGAUGCUAUUAUCCGCUAUCAUCUAGAAAUCGGCGCCCCUGUCUCACGUCAGUUCCUCGGCACAUUGGCCGCAUUUGCUCCCGAUGAGUCGGUGAAGGCGGAGAUGGCCAAGCUUGGUAGUGACAAGGACUAUUUCCAGGACAAGAUCAGCAAGAACCACUACAAUAUCACUCGAACCCUCAGUUUGGUCAGCAAUGGUAAGAGUUGGACCAACAUACCAUUCUCUGCAUUCAUAGAAGGCCUUACUAAGCUACAACCUCGGUAUUACUCCAUCUCAUCAUCUUCCGUGGUACAGCCCAAGAAGAUCUCUGUCACUGCAGUCGUUGAGAACCAGCUGAUCCCCGGUCGCGUCGAUCCCUUCAAGGGUGUUGCCACCAACUACCUGCUCGCCCUCAAGCAGAAGCAGAACGGUGACCCCAAUCCUGAGCCUUUCGGGGAAACAUACGAGAUAAUGGGACCCAGAAACAAAUAUGACGGGAUACAUGUGCCCGUACAUGUGCGGCACUCAAACUUCAAGCUGCCGUCAGACCCAUCCAAACCUGUGAUCUUGGUUGGACCUGGUACUGGUGUGGCCCCGAUGCGAGGGUUUGUCCAAGAACGCGCCAAGCAAGCCGCAUCUGGCGAGGAUGUUGGUCGAACCCUACUUUUCUUCGGUUGCAGGAAACGCAACGAGGAUUUCUUGUAUGAAUCGGAGUGGGAGGAAUACAAGAACGCUCUUGGUGACAAUUUCGAGAUGAUCACUGCGUUUUCGAGAGAGGGGGCAAAGAAGGUCUACGUGCAGCAUCGACUAAAGGAGAAGGCCCAGGAGAUCAACGAGUUGUUGCUAAAGAAGGCCUACAUCUACGUAUGUGGUGACGCCGCAAACAUGGCUCGUGAAGUCAAUACGGUGCUGGCCCAGAUUAUUGCAGAACAGCGAGGCGUUCCUGAGUCCAAGGGAGAGGAGAUCGUCAAGAAUAUGAGAGCAGCUAACCAAUAUCAGGAGGAUGUUUGGUCAUGA